GCCGGUAAGAGCACCUGGAUCGCUGUGAAUGGACCGGCAGAGUCAGAGACAGCGGUAUUCUUUGACGACUUGCUAUACACUCCAAGACAUCGCUCACAGUUUCUGCAGAAUCUCGAAAAAUACGAGAUUGCGGUUCCAGUCGAGAUCGUGGCUAUUGAAAGAGACUUUGAAGCAGCGCUUGCUUCCAACUUGGAAAGAGUGGCAGAUCGACAGGUACCGAUUGAAGCCAUGCAGAAAUUCAGAGACAGCUACGUCAGACCUGGCUACUCAGCGGCAGAGGCCUUGCGCCAGAUGCAAGAAGAAGCCAGUAGCAACUUGCCUGAUCGGCGCAGCGAAGGCGAUCCAAAUUGGCUGGCAAACGGCGCGCAAGUGGAGCUGCACAGCUUGCAGAAGGCCCAGGCCUUGAACGGUCAACGCGGUGCGAUCGUUGGUUUUGACGACAAGCAGCUCAGAUAUCGCGUGAAGCUCCACUCCGAUGCAACAACCAAGGUGGUUGCCAAGAAAAAUCUCCGCUUGCUGACCCUCGAGGAUCUGCAGCCCGCACCAGCACCUCCCGGAGCGCUGCAGAUGAUGCAGCAUGGCGGAUCCACAGGCAGUGGAGCUGCCGUCAGUCAGCCCAGCGAAGUGGUUCCUGCAGGCCAAAGGAUCACGCGAGAAAUGGUUCUCAGGGCCGCAGACCGUGUCAAAGCAGAUGCUGCUGCCCUGCAACAGCGAAUCGCUGCGCGCCGGGCAGGCGGAGGCAAUGAAGCCGCCACCGCUGACAUUUGCGACGUCUACCUGAGGUUGACCGCCUCCGAGGAGUCCUUUCGGGAAGUUAAGGAUCUAUACCAGGCCCAGAAUGGUCGCGAUGAGGAUUUGGAGCUGUUGGGGAAUGCCGCAUUGGAAAAUGUCGAGGUGGUGGCCGAGCAGUACUUCGAGGUUCGAUCAUGGCAAGAGUAUUUCCAGGACGAGGUCAAUGUCACUAAGUACAGUGUCAAGAAGCAUGGUAUACUGGGCACUCUCAAGAACGAGGUGGUUGAGGUGGGCAAUGAUGUGAAGGAUCUCGGUCGCGGAGCGGCGACUGUUGUCCAAAGUGGUCGAGACCAGAUGCCGCACCUUGUUCGAGCUGCUACCGACACAAUGGGGACUGUAGUGCAGUCCGGAAGCGCUGCAGCUGCCUCCACCGCAGGGACGUUUGCAGCGAGGAGUCAGGAGCACAUCACAACUGCUGUCCAUGACACGGUAGUUGCACCAGUGAAGCGCGCCUGGCAUUUGAUGGCAACUGGCUUCAUCCUUUGCGUCCUUGUGCCGCUUUUCGCCCUGAGGACCUAUGCUCCACUGAAUUCUGUCGUGUCAAACCUAGGCAUUCUCUGGCUUGGAAUUUGCACCUGCUGUCCACCAAGGGGGAUGAACGGACGAGCAGGGAAGGCUGCCCUGCUGCUGCUUUACCCCCUCAUAACGGUGGUUUUGCCAUUGGCUCUUCAUUAUUGGGCAACCCACCCCGAACUCGGCCGGGAUGUCAGCGACGCGUUUCGUCGACUGCCUGAGCAGUUCAGCCGACUGCCGGAGCAGCUGGAAAAGCUGUCGGGGUGCCAGGAGGUGCUGAACUUGAUACGAAUCAUCAACUUCUUCCCAAAAUGUGCACAGCUGUACUGGCCUGUCAACAGAAUCAGUACAGUCGUGGACAACUUGGCGCUGGCAUUUGAAGAGGUUCGAAAUUGUGUGAGCAAGGCCUCUCGCAAAGUGCAGCUGCAGAUAGACGCUGAUGGCCGCAAGGGGCGUUUCCUGCAGGCAAAUUGCGCGUUGAAGGCUGGCGAAGUCAUUCUCUCCGAGAGGCCUCUCUUUGAAGGAAACACAUUGGGUGGCAGAAGUCAGAAAGUUUAUUCCGAGGAAUUCCUGGAGAAACAGCUGUCACCAAUAAAUUAUGCAAAGGACUUUGGCAUGGACGAAUUGCCGGACUUUGAGGAGUGCUUUCACCCGCGGAGUCCGCUGAUCGACUGCGUUGCAGGCGUGCUGCUUUGCAAAAAGCGAGCCCGAAACGAAGCUUUGAAUCAGGAGAAUCGGGAAGCAGCCAAGAUUCAGCUGAACAAGCUCUGCUCCCUGUGCCGAAGCCCUUCACAAGAAGAAGCUAAUCAUCGGGAAUGCGCGCAGGAUCUUUGGGACGCACUUCAGGAGGACUUCCAGGGUCUGACAUCACUCGAAGAGCUCACCUACAUCCUUCAAAUCCUCAGCAGCAAUCGCUUUGGAUACAGCGAGCAGAGCAUGGAGCUGAUGUUCGCCGGCAGCAUGUUCGAGCACUCUUGCCUGCCGAACUGUUUCCUCGGAACGUGGCAGACCAAAGAUGGAGACGCUGGUACACGCACUUACCGUGCCCUUCGCGACAUCGAAGCAGGUGAGGCAUUAUCCAUUGAUUACCUGAACUUUCCAGCUGGAUAUUGCCCAGCAGCUGCUCGUGCCAAGGCAUUGCAGGGAUGGGGUUUCUCCUGCACCUGCCCAAGGUGCGUGUCACUGCCAGAGGUGGAGCGUUGCUUUGUGUGUCCUGCUUGUGGUGAGCCCCAGUUGUGCCCUCGCCAUCCAAGCAGCUCGGAGCUGCUUUGCCUGUCAUGCGGCAAAGCACCCGAGGAAGAGUAUGCUGCACGCUGCAUGGAACGAGAGGCAAAGCUGGCACAAAGUGCAUCGCGCAGUGGUCCAGGUAGUCCAGCUGCAGACGAGGAUGUCUUGCAAGCAGCCCUCGGCGAGGUGGAAGGUGACCAAGAAGAAAGCCUGCUUGGAUUUCACCACUACGUGGUUUUCCAGGCCUUGUGGCAAGAAGUCGAGCAGGGCUUGCCAGAACCUGCUGACCUUCCAGCCUUCCAGCAGAUCCUCAAGGCCUUGAUCGAAAGCAUCUCCACAGUGUGCCGACGAAAAGAACACCCAGCCAUGCUGAACUUUUACCACAUGGCCGCGCUCUCCACUCACGAGGACCUAGAGGUGCAGAAGAAGUACCUGGAACAUGAACACUGCAUCUU